GUGACUGGCAGAAUUGCACACUUUGGCUUUGGGAGAGCGACGCGAAAGAAUGAAGACGCAAUUUCUCUGGAGUCUUCUCUUACCACUCAUGGCUGUGGUCAUCCACAAUGUCAAGAGCCAGGACGCUGAGGCAUCACCUACGUUGUCAGAGAUAAGUUCUAUGGUUCAAGAUUUAAAGAACGUUGUGGAUCUCCUAGCAAACCAGCUGAUGAUGCAGCAGUUGAUAGUAGAGGAGAAAGCGAGGUUCGACGGGGCGUCUGGAAUCAAGCAGAUUCGAAUGGAUAUUGCCGGCACGCGCCCGUAUCACACGCCCUCCCACGUGCGAGACAGCGUAGCAGCCUACCACGAUCAUGCUAAUUACGAUAGAACCGUGGGCAUGGGGGAGAUCUCCGCCGUCUUGAAUGGGGUCGAAUUUAAGACCAGGCACAACGACUUCAAGCUGGUCAUGCCGUGUACAAGCGAUGAGUCUUAUCACUGUAUAGAGAACAUCCCCUUCCCGCCCGUCCCGCCAGAGGUAACAAGUAAGACGACGGUAGAGGAACAGAUAGCAGAAAUGAAGGAGUGGUUCAAAGCAUUCCGUGAUCAGAAUAGUUAUGUGCGGGACUACAGGAAGUACUUCAAGCCUGUCAUGUGUUAUUUGGAGGGCACGUGGACCAAGAUAAGCCCAGACGGUAAACUGGAAGAGUCCUUCCAAAGCGACCGUCACGCUCUUGACGCCACCGACUGGGCAGACCUUCACCAGAAGACCCGGUUCACCUCCUACUCGGGCCGAAAGAGCCAGUUGGAGAAUUUCGCCUUUCUCCCUGUGGCCGUGAUGAACAUCACUGACGGCAUUCCCAAGAUGGCGCAGUGGAACUACCGGAUACUGUGUCACCCUAUCAGCAAAGACAUCAGCACCUCGGUCUUCAGGGUGCGCGAUGACCUCGGCUCCAGGCUGGCCUACCAGAGCGACUUUGAGACGCAUUCGAAGACGCGCAGGGCAAGGUUCCAAUUAAACCCGGACAACUCCAAAUUCUGGCCGGAUGAGCACCUGUUCGUCCGCGGGUUGACCGGCCUCUUGGACCAGAUCAUGGAAGAGAUCCCCGGCAAGAAUAACUACCCUGCUUAUCUGGAAGAUAACAUAUUUGACGAGCCAUUUUACCGGUUGGAGCCUCUGGAGAACGGCACGGAAGUGAUGCUCAACGCCGCCAGGUAUCAUCGGUGGUAUCAGGUUAUUAAAGCGGGUGCCAGCGGCCGGAAAACUCGUCAUCGCAGCUAUUCAGAUGCCAAUGUAUUCAUGGCCAUGACAGAUAAAGACGAGGUCGUCGGUAUGACGUUUAAGAAGUGUAACCAGAACGGCAGAGAUUGUAAAUGGGCUGAUCAAAAAUGGUCGUAUGCCAUACCUUUGGAAAUCAUUUAUUUGACACCGCUGAGCUUGUGGAACCCCUACAACCUUAAAGCUUGGGGGAAAGACCCGGAUAAAAUGGUGGUCACGGCAGAAGACGUAUACAACAGGGCACAAAGGACAUCAUACAAGUAA